AUGCAAGCCCACAGUGAUCAUCCUGACUUUGUCCUCUUUCCUCCACAAUAUAACAUCGAACGCGAAAUGUUGGCAUUCGAAUCGUCGAGACAGCAGCAGACUCCAUACUUCCAGCAUUUCACCAUGGAUCCCGCUUUGACCGAGCCCUUUACCUUUCACGUGGACCUGAGUGGCUUCGGACAAGAUCCCAAUUCCUCACGUCUGCCCCAGUCAUCUCAUUAUGAUACCCCGUCGAUCGAUGCAUAUGCCGAUACCAAUAAAGUGACCAGCUACCCGCCGAUGCCGGCCACUCCACCCUCAGUCCCAAUCUCACAUUCCGAACCUUUCAUGCCUGGUCUUUCCACCGCCUCUGGCCCUUCAAUCGCAAGUGCUUCGUCUUCCGCUAUAGGCUCCCCCUACUCAGGAACUGCCCCGGCGAUUCACGAGAAUUGGGUCGACACGAAUCACGGUCUGGGGCUGCCGGCUGCGGUCAUGGGUGACCUCUUCCCGAAUGAAUACAUUGGGAACUCGCUGGACAUGGAAGGCUUCUAUUCAAAGAAGAACCCAGAUAACUAUGUUG